AAGGAAAUUUUUCAGUGCUAAGUUAACCGUGCGGCUUGAUUUUUGUUUGUGUUUGUCAGUGAGAGAGUGCAGCGUUUGCCAGUGUGCGGCGUGUGUGUGUGCGGGGCACUAAAAUGGCAAGUGCAUAAAUAAUUAUGCUAACGGACUAUGCGCUGAAUGUGUAUGUGAAAAGCCAGGAACCGAAAAAAAGUGCAGCAGCAUUAGCUGAGAAACAGCAGAAGUCCCACCGAUCGCCGCUGGCGCAUCUAGGAGUCGAAAAGAGCUGCAUCCAUUUCAUAACCGACAAAUCGAUCUGGGCGAAGGGCUGGUCCUACUCCCACCCAUCGGGCAUUACAGCGAAAAUCGUUUGCUCUGGCAAGGGUGAGGGUGAGGGUGAGAAGCCCGAAACAGCAGGCAGCGUCAGCAUCAUCAGCUGUGACGCCUGCACCGCCGCCCACAUCAGGGGCAGUGGCAGAGACGGGAACAGCGACAAAAAGCUCUGCGCAGGAAAACGCAGAAAUCAGAAGCAAAGGUCAAGUCAACAGCAGCGGCAGCAUCAUCCCCAUCGGCAGCAUACCAAUACUAAUACAUGCACCACCAAUAAAUUACGGUACAGCGUACGGAGCAAGAGCCUUGCCUUAUUUUUAGACUAUCUGCGCGAGUGUCCCUCUAUUCAAAUUGUCGCUGCCGGCAGUGACGUCAGCGACCACGCCUACGAUCAUCCUCUCGGCAGCGGUACAGCAGCAGCAGGAGGAGCACCACUUGGCCAGACACGUCUUUCCGUGCCGGCGCCACUGUUGCGUAAAUACGCCGCCAACUACGUCAACGGUUGCAAUUUCGAGCAUAAAACCAAAAUUUAUGCUUUAUAUCGUCACCUCGAGAUCGGUGCCCCGUUCGAACAAGUGCAACAGCAACAGCAGCUGAGAGUCGGUAAGAUUCAAUUGCGUAUCAAGAUGCUCUUUGCCGAGGCGGCGCCACCCAGCACUGCCCCCAGCGUCAUUUCUGCUGUUGCUGUUGCUGCUGCUGCUGCUGCUGAGCCGCCGCCAGCGCCCCCGCCGACCGCUCUGCUGCAGGAUCAGCCGGGAGAGCUCAUUGCAGGCACCCCCAACAACCUUGAGCUAAUGGAGGCCAUGAAGAAACUGGACGCGGAUCUGGUGGCUCUCUUCGCCACCGCCGCCGCUGAGCCGUUGGAGCAGCUGAAGAAGCAGCAGAAGCUGUGGCCGGAGCAGGAACUCCAGCUGCAGCAGUCCCCUGCUGAUACGGAGUUGGUCAUCACGCCGGAGAUCUUCCAGCGCUGCAAUGCGCUGCAGCUGCACCUGGAGGCGGUUACCCUGCAGCCGGAGGGCACCCAGCGCAUGGAGCUGCUGCAGAGCGAGGUGCGUCCCAUCUUCACCGUGGAGUGCCAGCUGUCCGAGGACCUGAUCAAGUCGGUGGCCCGCUACCCCAUGUUCCACGUGAUGCAGUUCGAGUCGGAGAAGUUCCAGAGCCUGACGCAGUGCACCCGUUUCGGGCAGACGCAGACGCGCGAGGUGCAGCUGGCCUGGAACGACAACGAAGACAUGGGUCAUGUGGAUCUGACCAUUUGGUGGCGUGAGCCGGGCACCUGUCUCAACGAAAUGCUGGGCAUGGGCCGGCUCCACCUCAGGGAGCUGUACGAGGCCUCGCUGCUGGAGCAGUGCAAGUGCGUGGCCGUGAAGCGGCGCGACGUCCACCUGGGCAGCAUCUAUGUGAAGAUCAGCCUGCGCUUUGACGAGCAGCUGGAGGCCAGGCGCCUGGCCAACAAGAAUUCGGCGAAUAUGGUUGGCCAGAAGCCGAACCAAAACCCAAAACAGAUUCCCAAUCAGAAUCAGAACCAGAACGAAAGUGGCAGCAGCAGUGGCAGCACCAAUCAAGCAGCAACCGCCCCAGGUGAAUAUAUAUGACUAAUGUCGUGUGCCUGCCACCAACAAGAACAACAGAUACAGAUCCCCAAACAACAAAAACAAAAGCCAGAACCACACGAUUAUCACUCGCACCACCACCACAACACAGCUGCCACAGUGCCACCACGCCUCCGCCUCCUGCAAAUCCUCCACACCCUACUGGCUGCCAUUGUACAAGUGCUGCCCAUCAUUCUGUUUCAAUUAUUAAUAAACAAUUUUACUUUUACCUGCGAAAAA